GGCCAGACAGCAGCAUGGAGGGAAGGAGAACAUCCUCCUGGUGGGGAAGAGCCGAGCGGAGGAGCGCCAUCAGCAGCACCAGCUGAACAACAGCGAGGAGGAAGAGGAGGAGGAGGAGGAAGAGGAGGAGGAGCGGAUGGAUGCCAGCCUGGGUUCAGCCACCAACACCUCCAACAACAACCCUCCUCCGAGCGGGACCGAGUUUAAUCAUUAUUAUGGGAAUGGAAGAGGAGGGCCUUGCUUCGAUCAACAUGGCGGACAACAAAGACCAGGGACUCGGGUAAUAAGAGCGGCGCACUCGGUACUCAACGCUAUGGAUCAGGUUCAGAACUCCCACGAAGGGUACAACAACAACAGCCCGUAUAACCACUACCCGAACUAUCGGCCCGGCUACGGGAACAGCGGGUACGGCGGCAUGAUGAGCCCCUCGCGGCCGGGGAACAACCUGCUGGGCCCGGGCAGCUCGGCCGCUGCUAACCACAGCAAAGCGGCGAUGGCCGCUACCAGCGCCCCGGCAGGAGCUGCUGCAGGCGGCGGCGGCGGCAACAACGGCGGGUUCCAGCGGUUCCCCGGACCGGGCCAGCACCAGCAGCUGCACCCGUCCGGAGCCACGCCGACUCUGAAUCAGUUAUUGACCUCUCCGAGCACCAUGAUGCGCGGUUAUGGAAGUGGAUAUGCAGAUUAUAAUAAUCCUCCUCCCGCACAGCAGCAGCCGAGCCUGGGGCUGGCUAAAGAGCUGCAGUACGGCUGGGCCGGACAGAGAAACCACCCGGCCAUGAGCCCGGGGAACAACGGGCAGGGCGGCGGCAGAGCCCCGGUGCCGCCGCUGGACCCGACGGCGAUGAAGCGCUCUCAGCUCUACAGCAUGAGCUCCCACCCGUACUCCCAGCAGCCCGGGGAGGCGUACUCCGGCCAGCCGUACGCCUCCCCCGGGCCCCACAGAUACCCGAUGGGGAUGCCCAGCAGAGGCCAGAUGGGGAUGGGCGGGAUGCAGUACCCGCAGCAACAGAUGGGCUCUCAGUACGCUCAGCAGCAGCAGCAGCAGCAGCAGCAGCAGCAGCAGCAGAGCGUGGGAGGCUACGGUCAGCCGGGUCAGCCGCCGUACUUCAGCCCUCCACAGCAGCAGCCCGCCGCCCCGAGCCAGCCGUCCUACAUGCAGCCCCGCCCACUGCCACAGCAGGAGGUGCCGCAGGAGGCGUACGGGGGGCGGGGCCAGUCUGCCGCCAUGACUCCUGGGAAGCCGAACCACGAGGAGAUGGGUCUGAGCCAACAGGAGCGGCCGUCCAGCCUGCCGGAUUUGUCCGGCUCCAUCGAUGACCUUCCCACCGGCACCGAGGCGGCGGUGAGUUCAGGGGUUUCGGGCUCCGGCAGCGCUCAGGGCGACCAGGGGACCCCGACCCGUUCUCCUUUCUCCCCCCACGUCUCACCGCGACUCCCCCCGCCAGCUCGCACCGGGCCCUCCCCCUCCCCUUCACCGUCCCCCGCCGGGUCCAGCAGCCAAUCGCGAUCCGGACCUCUGUCCCCCGCCCCCAGCGGACCAGGCUCUCAGAUGACCCCUCAGGUCUCUGGUCCUGGUUCAGACGGCGGUCCUCAUCCCUCUGCCGUGACUCAGGACCGAGGUUUCCCUCCCUCCAUGCAGCGUAGCGCCCAGGGGCCUCAGUUUGGCCCUCAGCAGUCAGCACCACCCAUGUCCCCUCACCCAGCCUCGGGGGGACCCAUGCACCACGGCUCCUACCAGCAGGGCGGCUCAUAUGGCCAGUACGGGCCCCCAGGUAACUACCCUCGGCCCCCGCACUAUGGCGGGGCCCCCAGUGCCAACUACUGCGGCCCUGGACCGGGUCCCGGCUUAGCCAACAGCUUGGGGUUGAACGCCAGCAGUCCCAUGCACGGUCAGGGCCCGUCCACCCCGGCAGGUCGCGGCCCGGGACCUGGCCCCGGGAGCCGGCCUUACCCCGCCGGAGGAAGCUCCAUGGCCCCCACCUCCCCCGGCAUGCCACAGCCCGCCGGGCAGGGCAUGGGGCCUCCGGGGCCCAACGCGAGCCGCAAACUGCUUGAGGUCGGCCCCAACGCCGGGCCGUCGUCCUCCUCCUCGACCUCAGCCGCCCAGGGCAGGCAGGGAAGCUACCUGGGCAUGGCGCCAAUGGCAGGAAUGGGCCCUGGAGGCCCCGGAGGUCCCUACAGCCAGCAACCAGGCAGCAACUCUGGGAGGAUGACGCCGCAGGGACCGCCCUACGGCGCCCCGUCCUCAGGCCCCAUGAUGCUGCAGGCAGAGGGGAUGGGUCCCCAUCUAGACGCCAAGCAGAGGGUUGAGCUCAGCAAAGACGGCGUCGGCCCCGCCUCCGAACCACCCAAACCCAAGGACGGCUACAGCGCUCAGUGCGUGUCCAAGCCCCCCACGCACUCCCCCAUGUCCCCCCGCUCAGCUAGUCUGUCCUCCUGCGAUAGCGUUAGCAGCCCCGCCUGGCCCAAGACGUCGACCAGCCCCAAGUCCGGCAUGGCCACCACGACCAACGAGGACGUCGCCCAGCUCUACGAGAUGGGCUCGGAGCCGGAGAGGAGGCCCUGGGUGGACCGGUUCCUGUCGUUCAUGGAGGAGAGGGGGACGCCGGUCCCAACCCUUCCGGCCGUGGGGAAGAAACCUCUGGACCUGUGCAGACUGUACCUGGCUGUGAGAGAGAUCGGGGGCCUGGCCAUGGUGAACAAGAAUAAGAAGUGGAGGGAGCUGUCGUCCCAGCUCAACGUGGGGACGUCCAGCAGCUCGGCCAGCUCUCUGAAGAAGCAGUACAUCCAGUACCUGUUCGCCUACGAGUGCAAGGUGGAGCGAGGAGAGGAGCCCCCACCUGAGGCCCUGGGGCCCGCCGGAGACACCAAGAAACCUCUGUCACUCCAGGCCAAGAUCCAGCCACCGUCCCCAGCCAACUCGGGCUCCCUGCAGGGCCCCAACACCCCUCAGUCCAGCAGCAGCUCCCUGGCCGAGGCCCCCGGAGACCUGAAGCCCCCGACCCCGGCCUCCACCCCGCACAGCCAGAUGGGUCCCCAGCCCGGAAACAGGAACUUGGCAGGAGUGAGCGUCCAGGACCCGUUCUCUGAAGGCAGCGAUCCGGCCUUCCACAGCAAGCGAGGCCCGGGGCCCGGCUGCCCCCCCUACCAGCAGGGAGGAGGGCCGACAGACCCCUCACUGAGGAUGCAGUACGACGCCAACAAAGACCCGUACGGAGGGUCGAGGAAAGGUCCGGGGCCCGGCGAGGCCUUUGGUCCCGGUCAGAUGCCCAGCGGUGCCAUGCAGGACAUGUACCCCCGCGGGCCGCCGUCUGGGCCCCUGACGGGCAUGGGCCCCAGACCCCAGUACCCCUACGGCCCCGGCUACGAGCGGAGGCCGGACCACGUGAUGGCGCCGGAGGCAGGCAUGGCGCCGCCUGGAGGUCAGAACAGCAUGGGUCCAUCUGGAAACGACGCCGGCAUGUACCCCGCCAACAGAUACCCCCCCCAGAGGCACGGACACGACGGGUACGGGCAGCAGUAUCCUCACAGCGUGGCCUACACUUCCCAUCAGCCCCUGUACCCUCAGCAGCAGGGAUACAAGCGUCCAAUGGAGGGUCUGUAUCCUCCGGCGAAGCGCCACGAGGGCGAACCCUUCGCCGCUCAGCAGUUUGGCCCUCAGCAGCCUGACAUGUUCGGCCCCUUCGGUGGAGGAGGCGGAGGCUACAUGGGCCCUGAGCGGCGGCCUGUCCAGGGCCAGUUCCCGUAUCCGUAUGCUCGGGAUCGGCAGGGGCCCCUGCAGCACAGCAUGAUAGGCUCAGGACCGGCGGCGGUGUCAGGGGGCCCUGGGGAGGGGCCGCAGGCCAACAUGUGGCACCCCAGGACAGACAUGGGCUACACGUACAGCCGGCAGGGCCAGGGGCCCCCCUAUCCUGGCAUGGGGCGAGGAGAUGACCAGGAGGGCAGGGCCCCCCAGGACAGCCAGUGGGCCCCCAGUCAUCCAGGCCAACGCCAGCCACCGUACCCCCCCCACUCCUCUCCGUCCUCCUCCUCUCCCUCCAUGCCCCCCCUGUCCUCCAGACAGCCCCCCUCCCCCUUCCAGACCACGCCCACCAACCACGUGACCCGCUCUCACAGCCCCUCCUCCUUCCCCCGGCCCCUGGGGGGCUCGCUGUCCCCCAACAGCGCCCCCUACCUGCCCUCCAUGAAGAAGCUCCCCCACGGCCCCCCGCCCACUCAGGGCCUCCAGCUCAUCAACAGAGAGGUCAGCUUCCCUCCCAGCUCUGUGGAGGCCACGCCCCCCAAACUGAAGCCCCGACGCCGGCUCACCGCCAAGGACACGGGAACACCGGAGGCGUGGCGGGUGAUGAUGUCACUGAAGUCCGGCCUAUUAGCAGAGAGCAGCUGGGCCCUGGACACCAUCAACAUCCUGCUGUACGACGACGGCACCGUGGGCUCCUUCAGCCUCACACAGCUCCCUGGUUUCCUGGAGCUCAUCGUGGAGUAUUACCGCCGCUGCCUCAUCCAGAUCUUCGGUAUCCUGGAGGAGUACGAGGUGGGGGCCGAGGGCCAGAGGACCCUGCUGGGGCCCCUGCUCGACCCUCCAGAGAUGGAGAAGGUGCUGAAGGAGCCGCCAGCCGCCGCCUCCUCCUCCGAGUCCAACGGCCAAUCACCCGAGGAGCAGAGGACGCCGCCGCUGCUCACAGCUGCACCGGCCGUCGACGCCAAAGAGGGCGAACCUGUCGUCAAAGAGGAGGUGGUGGUGAAGGAGGAGCGCGAGGAGCAGGCAGAGCCCCGCCCCAAGCAGGCCAGCAAGUACGACAAGCUGCCAAUCAGGGUGGAGAAGGGGGAGGAGUGGGAGGAGGUGGAGGAGCGCUGGGCCGAGCUCGGCCGACCCAACGGCUUCAUCAGCGGCCUCCUGCACUGGAGGGCCGGAGGCGGAGACACCACCGCCCACAUCCUGACGGGAGACUCCACCCCCUCCAAACCGGCGGGGAAGAGUCAGGAGAGAGCGGGAGGAGCUGAGACGCAGAAGGAGGAGGGAGGCGUGGCGCCCGGCGAGGAGACGCAGCCUGAAACAGGUGAGGAGCACCAGGAGCCCACAGCUGCAGUUUAAUCACGUGAUAAAUCGAUUCUGAUGUCUGAUCUCUGAGCGUUUCUCUCUGCAGGCUCGCCGUCUGAGGUCAGAGGUCAGAAGUCGCCGGCUCAGAGUCCCAUCAGCCAGCUGGAGGACGAGCCGCGCUGCUGGGACGAGGCGCCGCUGUCCACCGCCGAGGCCUGGCAGGACUCUCUGGCCCGGCGCUGCCUCUGCGUCUCCAACAUCGUGCGCGGCCUCUCCUUCGUACCCGGAAACGACGCCGACAUGUCGCGGCACCCGGGCCUGGUGCUGAUCCUGGGCCGGCUGGUUCUGCUGCACCACCACCACCCCCGCAGGAAACGGACGCCGGCCAGCUACCAGCGGGAGGAGGAGCAGGGUCUGGCCUGCAGCCGGGACGAGUGGUGGUGGGACUGCCUGGCGGCGCUCCGGGAGAACACGCUGGUGACGCUCGCCAACGUGGCGGGCCAGCUGGACCUGUCGCUGUACCCUGAGAACAUCUGCCUGCCGCUCCUGGACGGGCUGCUGCACUGGAUGGUGUGCCCGUCCGCCGAGGCCCAGGACCCGUUCUGCGGCGCCGCCUCCUCGCUGUCGCCGCAGCGCCUGGUGCUGGAGUGUCUGUGCAAGCUGAGCAUCCAGGACUGCAACGUGGACCUGCUGCUCGCCACGCCGCCCUUCAGCCGCCAGCAGAAGCUCUACGCCACGCUGGUGCGCCUGGUGGGCGAGAGGAAGAGCCAGGUGUGUCGGGAGAUGGCGGUGGCCGUCCUGUCCAACCUGGCGCAGGGCGACCCCACGGCGGCGCGCGCCAUCGCCCUGCUGAAGGGCAGCGUGGGAACUCUGAUCGGCUUCCUGGAGGACAGCGUGGCCAUGGCUCAGUACCAGCUCAGCUCGCACAGCGUGCUGCACGCCGCCGCGCCGCCGGAGCCGCCCAGCGUCAACAUGAUGUGCCGCGCCGCCAAGGCGCUGCUGGCCAUGGCGAGGGUGGAGGACAACCGGACGGAGUUCGUCCUGUACGAGAGCCGGCUGCUGGACAUCUCGCUGUCGGCCGCCCUCAGCUCCUCGGUGGCGGCCGUCAUGUGCGACGUACUGUUUAAACUCGGCCGCUCGUGA